AUGGAAAACACAGCACAUGCUAUAGCAACAUGGAAUGCACCAGUUUACGCUUUCUACUCUCCCGUCCCAAGCAUUGAGUACCGCGAGGGCUGCAAGUGCUACAUGUGUGGUCAUCAGGUUAACCAUUUCCUUGAUACUUCGGAUUCUUCUUCAACAAAGAAUUUAUGCAAUCAUGUCAAGAAGUGUUGGGGCGAGGAUGUCUUGAAGGCUGCAGAUGUGGUCAAGCAUCUUUGUGAUGUGAAGAGGAUUGUACAGACUCACCAUGAAUCAGCUCAAAAUGGAUCAAUCACUCAGGCCUUUGCACGUGUUGAGGGCAAGGGUAGGAUCAUGUAUUCUCAUCGUCAGCAUACUAAACCUGAAGCAUGCCUUCAUCCGUUUGCAAUAGCAAAAGACUGGGGGUUCAAUUGUUUGAUGAAAACUGGCUAUCCCGAGUGCUAUAUCCCCCACCCAUCAACCAUCUCACGAGACGUUAAAACUGUGUUUGCGAAGUCACGCAAUCGCAUUGCUGAUCUUCUACAUAAAUAUCCAGGCUGUCUGAAUUUUGCGACUGAUGCCUGGACAUCACCAAACCACUGUCCAUACAUUGCUGUGACAGUCCAUUUUGAGUAUAAGGGUAAACCUAUAAGUUUGUUGUUAGAUUUCGUAGAGGUUGCCAAGGUAUGA